AUGGCAAAAGACCCUUCUUUUAUUUUCUCUCUCUGUCACUUUCUCUCUCCUCUUUCUCUCUCUGCAUUGGUUCAAAGCCAAAAAUCCUCACUUGGGUCUCAAUCGAAAGUGAUAGGCCACAAAAGAGAGUCUAUAGUUCCAACACCGCACUCCAUUCUCAGCUUUCAUGGCGAUCUCGAAGGACGUGCCACCGUUGCAGGUUAACUCCAUUUGGGUUUGCUUUCUGGGGCAUGGAGAUGCUUGAAAUUUGCCAAAAAAAGAAGGGUAAAAAAAUAAAGAACUUUGCUUCUUGUUGUUGGAAGUGUGUAGGGCUGUUUCUGGGAUUCUAACUGAAGUGGAGUUGUUGGGUUGUUCUGAAUUUGUUGGGAUGUUGGGGUGUUUGGAUUUGGGUUUUGUUUGAUUUUUUUAAGGUGAUGCUGUUUGUGGGUAUGAAGGGUGUGCAUUGGCACGGUGGAGGAAGAUUUUGUUGGGUAAUGCAAUGGCUUGAGGCAAAUUGAAGGUAGUGGCUUUGAGUUAGGGUUUCGUGUGUUUAUGUGAUUGCUAAAUAUACUACUUUGUGUUUAAAUAAAAGAGUGAUAAAGGGUAAAGCUUGAUGAUAUGAAGCUUUCAACAUCAGGGUUGGGUCAGCAGGGACAUGAAGGAGGGGAGAAGAAGUGUCUGAAUUCUGAGCUAUGGCAUGCAUGCGCGGGGCCCUUAGUGUCCCUACCAAAUGCAGGGACUCGUGUGGUUUACUUCCCUCAGGGUCAUAGUGAGCAGGUUGCUGCCACAACGAACAGAGAAAUUGAUGGACACAUACCAAAUUAUCCUAGUUUGCCACCCCAGUUGAUUUGCCAACUUCACAAUGUGACUAUGCAUGCAGAUAUUGAAACAGAUGAAGUAUAUGCUCAAAUGACGUUGCAGCCAUUGACUCCGCAAGAACAGAAGGAUACCUUUCUUCCCAUGGAAUUGGGUAUUCCGAGUAAGCAGCCAUCAAAUUAUUUUUGCAAGACAUUAACAGCCAGUGACACCAGCACUCAUGGGGGAUUCUCUGUUCCUCGUCGUGCAGCUGAGAAAGUUUUCCCUCCACUGGAUUUCUCACAGCAACCACCAGCACAGGAACUAAUAGCUAGGGAUCUCCAUGAUGUUGAAUGGAAAUUUCGACAUAUUUUUCGGGGACAGCCAAAACGACACCUUCUUACUACAGGCUGGAGUAUAUUUGUUAGUGCCAAGAGACUUGUGGCUGGAGAUUCUGUGCUUUUCAUAUGGAAUGAGAAGAAUCAACUUCUUUUGGGAAUACGUCGUGCCAAUCGACCACAAACUGUAAUGCCAUCAUCAGUUCUAUCCAGUGAUAGUAUGCACAUUGGACUUCUUGCAGCUGCAGCCCAUGCUGCAGCAACUAAUAGCUGUUUUACUGUGUUCUAUAAUCCAAGGGCUAGUCCAUCUGAGUUUGUCAUACCGCUUUCAAAAUAUAUCAAAGCUGUGUACCAUACCCGUAUUUCUGUUGGAAUGCGUUUCAGGAUGCUUUUUGAGACUGAAGAGUCAAGUGUUCGCAGGUACAUGGGUACUAUAACUGGCAUAAGUGAUCUGGAUUCUGUUCGGUGGCCGAAUUCUCAUUGGCGCUCUGUCAAGGUUGGUUGGGAUGAAUCAACAGCUGGAGAGAGACAACCACGAGUGUCAUUGUGGGAAAUUGAGCCAUUAACAACAUUCCCGAUGUAUCCAUCAUUAUUUCCCCUCAGAUUGAAACGUCCAUGGCAUCCUGGGUCCUCAUCUUUGAAUGAUGGCAGAGAUGAAGCAAAUGGGCUAAUGUGGUUGAGAGGUGGGCCUGUAGACCAAGGACUCAAUUCCAUUAAUUUUCAAGGAGCUGGUAUGUUGCCCUGGAUGCAGCAGAGAUUGGAUCCAACUUUACUAGGAGGAAAUGAUCCGAAUCAACAGUACCAAGCCAUGUUGGCAGCUGGUUUGCAGAACCUAGGUAGUGGAUAUCACAUGAAGCAACAAAUGAUGAGUUUUCAACAGCCUUUCCCUUAUCUUCAACAAUCAGGAAACAACAAUUCUCCCUUGCAACUUCAGCAGCAGCAAGCUAUUCAACAAUCGGGGUCUUCUAAUAUUCUGCAACCACAUGCCCAAAUAAUGGGAGAAAACCUGUCUCAGCACCUCCUUCAGAAACCACAUAACAACCAAGAAGUCCAAACACAACAGCAGCAACAUACUUAUCAAGAAACACUUCUAAUUCCGAGUGAUCAGCUCCAUCAGAGACAACACUCAAGCAUUCCUUCACCAUCAUAUUCAAAACCUGAUUUCUUGGAUUCGAGCAUAAAGUUCCCUACAUCAGUUUCCCCUGGACAAAAUGUGCUUAGUUCACUUUGUCCUGAAGGAAGUGGCAGUCUCUUGAAUUUAUCUAGAAGCAGUCAGUCCUUGCUGACUGAACAGUUACCCCAACAAUCAUGGACUCCAAAAUAUGCACCUUUGCAGGUCAACGCCUUUGGCAGCACUGUGCCACAUGCACAAUAUUCUGGAAAAGAUUCUGCAAUGGUGCUACCACAUUGUAAUUCAGAUGCUCAAAAUCCAACUCUCUUUGGUGUCAAUAUUGAUUCAUCUGGCCUUCUGCUCCCCACCACUGUUCCUGGUUACACCACUUCAUCAGCUGAUACCGAUUCAUCAACAAUGCCAUUAGCGGAGUCUGGUUUUCAGGGUUCUCUAUAUGCUUGCAUGCAAGAUUCAUCUGAGUUGUUGCGAAGUGCAGGGCAUGUUGACCCGCAUAACCAGACUCAAACCUUUGUAAAGGUUUACAAAUCAGGGUCAGUUGGGCGCUCACUUGACAUCUCUCGGUUCAGCAGCUAUCAUGAACUGCGGGAGGAGUUGGCUCAGAUGUUUGGAAUUGAGGGGAAGUUAGAAGACCCUCUUAGAUCAGGCUGGCAGCUUGUAUUUGUCGACAGGGAGAACGAUGUUCUUCUCCUUGGAGACGAUCCGUGGGAAUCAUUCGUCAAUAACGUUUGGUAUAUCAAAAUACUUUCACCUGAAGAUAUUCAGAAGAUGGGAGAACAAGCGGUAGAAUCCCUUGCUCUUGGUUCCGGACAAAGGCUAAAUGGCACUGGUGCCGAAUCUCAGGACAUUGUUUCUGGACCACCAUCAAUUGGCUCACUUGAAUACUGAAAAAUUUAAACAUGUAUUCCUUCAGGUCCCUCAGUCAAGACAAUCUCUUCAUGUUUAUUAUUUCGGUUCGAAUACUCUGUGUAUGAUCUGUUAUCCUUUUUGCCAUCUUUAUUAUUUCUACCAGGGUUGAUAAAGAAAAUAUACAUUUAUGAUAAGAAACAUAGGACAAGUUUGUGUGCCAUUUGAACUUGGCACACUGCAAGCUAGAAUUAGUGUUGCUGUUAUUUUAGCAUUUGAUUAAACUUUUGCAUGAACUAAUGUAAUCUAGAUAGCUAGAGAAAGCUCUUUAUGCUUGAGCUGUCUUUGUAUUCUACAAUGGCAUUACUUCUUGAGUGGUAGAACUUUUAUCUCAAUUGUAUGAGUAGUAUUUUACUAUAUUGUCAUUGAAACCAUUACC